AUGGCUGGUCAUUUCCCUCACUGUGGAGGUCCUCCGGGCACCGGGGAUGAUCCCGAUAUCAUGGCUCUUCCUCUGAGGGUUCGACCCUUCAUACCCAAGAGGUACGACCCUCUGACACAUGUGCUCCCCCAGGCAGUUUUCUACCAUUUUACCGAUUUCGAUGAUCGAGCACCCGGGGAUCUUUUAUUGCGGGAGCCGGAGUCCCACCUCUCCCAUCAGGCACGAGAGGUGACCUCCCGUAUAGCACGAGGAUAUGGCUCUGUUACGGCCAGAGAGUGGUAUGCUGAGCUUCCGGAGGCUGUUCGGGAUUUGGUUGACUUGGCAGGGUUUGGGCCCUUCUGCUCCGGGAUAUCUUGUUGUCCGGCUAGUAGGACACUGAUGGGUGCUUUAGUGGAGAGAUGGUGGGACACCACCAACUCCUUUCAUUUCUCUGCCACUGGGGACAUGACUAUGACCCCAUUUGACUUCGCCGUAUUUACCGGCCUUGAUAUGGGAGGCUGGGUGAUCCCGUAUAAUGAGGACAUGGGCCAGUGGGAGGCCGCCUGGAUCUACUUGUUGGGAGCUCGCCUGCCAGUUGACAGAUCUUCGGGCAGGGUCCGAUAUACUUGGUUUUCCUCCCAUUUUCGAAGGGUGGAGAUGGAGCUUGAGACUCCUGAGGAGCUAUGGAUCUAUGCGUACUUCCCGACACUAGCCCUGGAGCUCGAGGUGGCGAUGCCUCCCAUGACCCCUUAUUCACUGGUGUUUGAGGGCCCAUACCGGCCGAGACCUCGGGAGUCUCUUCUCUAUCUACGGCAGUACUUUGACACAGUACGACCAUCAGAGGUAUUGCAGAACUCUCAGUUCUUCAUGUUUCCAAUCUUUGAUUUAUCUUACGCAUUUACGAUUUCUGAUUAG